AUGUUUAAAAUCAAGUAUGUUGGUUAAGUAAUGAAUUUGCAUGAAUAUAUAAUAUACUCCCUAAACCAACAGGUAAGCAUUUAGUGGGACUUGAAGAGACGCAAUUAAAGAAUAGAGAUUCAAUUUCCAUACAUUAUCCAACUUAUAGAUAUAUAAAAUCAGAAAUAUAAUAUUCUUGUUCGAAUAGUGUCAACUUUAAAUAGGGUUUCAUAACAAUAGUUUUAAACGAUAAAGAGAUUCGUUGACAUAAGUAUCGGUACACCACUUUAAUGAAUAAGUUAGGAGAACAGAUUUUAAGAAAAGCUAUAAUGAUAGACAUACGAAUAUGGAGUCAAUAAAUUUCAUUCACUAUUGGGUUAUGUAUAUUGGAAGGUAAAUGCUGAUUUUAAUAAGGUUAAUCAGAUCAGGUCAUUCCUUUGAAGAUGCAACUGUUCAUGAAACACGAAAUUUGAUUAGAGAUAGCUGUGCAGGUAUCAUAUUGUUAGAUCAAAUAUUCUUGCCAUUCUCCGAAGACAUCGUAAAUAGCAUAGUUAAGUAGAAAUAGUGAUUUCUUUGGAAAACGAAAAGCAAAAGAAAAUCCAAAAGAUACAGUAUCGCUUUUAAUGGACAAUAACUGAAAUUUGUGAUUGUGUUGGAAGCAUCAUAGCUUCCUUGUACAACUCAUUUAACUUAAGAGAUAUCCAUCAAUUGAAGGUGUUUCCCAUUUUGAACAAUCUUAAUAAAGUUUUAUACAACCACCAUUGA